AUGGAUCCCUAUUUCCCUACCAGGACAUUAUGCUCAAUAUCGAGUUUCUUACGAUUUACUCCACCAGGCGGUCCUCUUACCUAUAGACAAACCUCGCGAGGUGGCUAUACUUCUGGUAUUAUUCCCACACAAUCAUGUACAGCCAAUAUGGCUCCUAGACCAGGUUAUGGUAUACCUUUGGAUGGUAUAUUACCAAUGGCAGCUCCAGGUUCAGAAAUAGAAAAAUUGCCAACUCUUUUCAUUGGUGGGAUAUCAUGGAAAAAUUCUCAAGAAAUAGCAUACUUUCGAGAACGUGCUGCAGCAAGAGAACGAGAGCGUCAGAGAGAAGAAGAAGAACGAGCAAAUCGUAGAGCUAAAGCUGAAGAAGAAAGAAAACGUUCACAUGGAAGGGUAAUUAGAGAGAGAGAACGUGAGAGAGAAAGAGAGCGGGAUCACGAUAAAGAAGAGGAACAACGCAGACAAGCUAAAAGAAAAACUGAAACGGAAAUGGCUUUUAAAUCGAGAGAAAGACGAUGGCAACAUCAUAGAGAAGAAACAAUGGCAACAAAUCGUGAACGUGAAGCAGAACGAGAUCUAGAUGUUAGAGAAAAACAAAUUCGAGAUUGGGAAAUAAUGGCGAGAACUGAAUACACUCGAGAAGCUACUAUGGAAGCAGGAUUAAAUAAUGAAAAAGAAAUUUUAACGCUUGCCACAAUUGCUGAAGAUGAGGAAUUUGAUGAAGAAGAAGGUAUUAUUGAAUCAAAACGAGGACUUUGGAAUUGGAAUGUUAAAUGGGAGGAAUUAGAUGAGAAUAUUCUUAACAAAAAGUUACAGCCAUUUGUAAAUGGAGGGUUUGGUUUUAUGUAUAUUUUAAGAUAUGAUGAAACAAAAGGAUCAGAUCCAAAUCUUCAAUACUGGAGAGUUUAUGUAUCUUUCCUAAGAGAAGAAGAUCCAAACGCUAUAAAAAUGAAUUUGCGUCAAAUCUUCUUGGCUCUCUUGAUUGUACUUAUGGCUACUAUCGUAACAGCCUCUCCUUUGAAUUUAGAUCAAUUAAUUAAGAGAAAAAAUGCUCAAAAAGACGAAAGUCCAUCGAAAGAAAAAGACGGCAAAGUCAAGGUUACUGAUUUUGCACCUACAAAGGGCAGAAGUAAAGGUGGAAUAGGCGACCCCUAG